UCCUCAAGGGAAGGAACUGGGUCCCAUGAGGAUUGGGAAUAUGAGAUUGCGUUGCGAGCCAUUUAUCUGCAGAAUCUCUCCCUGUAAGCCACCCAUUGCCAUUAGAACCUUCAAGCUAAAUUGGACCGUCCCCACAAGCAGCAUCAGCGUUUAAAAUGCCCACUUUGAAUUUGUUCACGAAUCUCCCGGUUGAUGCCGUGGUGGCUGCUGACAUCCUCAAGGACGCAUCGAAAGCCGUUUCUAAAAUUCUCGGGAAAUCUGAAUCUUAUGUGAUGAUCUUGCUGAAUGGUAGCACGCCAAUCGUAUUUGCUGGCACGGAAGAGCCAACCGCGUAUGGAGAAUUGAUAUCUAUCGGAGGCCUUGGACCAAGCGUGAAUGGAAAACUUAGCUCAACAAUUGCUGAGAUUAUUCAGACUAAGCUCCAUAUUGAUAGCUCCCGUUUCUAUAUCAAAUUUUCCGAUGUUCAGGCCUCGUUCUUCGGAUACAACGGCUCAACAUUUUGAUCAGUAUUUUGUAGAAUGAACGCUAGAAUGCUGCCAGAUAUGAAAAGUAUGGAGUAGUUAGAUUAUAUGAAAGGUUGGCUGGAACAAUAUUCUUUGCCCUUUCUAAACUAUUUGAUCUGGAUGUAACAUACAUGAAUUUAUUGAAAAUAAUCAUUUGGCAUCU